GCACCCACAAUGCACCGCGCGGAGCGGCGUUUGAUGGAAAGGCCUCUCGUUUUAAGUUCCGAAAAAAUGAUGUGCGUAUUUAGAAGCGUGCUUGUCUUAUUAUUUUAGUGUGUCCGUGGAUGGAGAGCUAGAACAGAACAGAACAGAACGGAACGGAAGUGAUGGAAUUUCUUUCCCGAAGAUGAGCCACUUUGGCACAAAUGGACUCGCGUCCAAAGCUCAACACGCCGACCGAUUUCGUCGCCAGGAGCGCGCAGGACGACCUCGUGCCGCCGUCUCGUUUCGCGUCGAGUCCUCCAAAGGACCCGUGGCUCGGUUUUGCUCAGCCUCAAGGAGAAAUCUCAACGCAACGCACAAGCGGAAGGACCCCGGAUGCCCGGACGAGGUCCUCGGAGAGAGGCCACCGGUCGCCCGGACGGGAAGAAGAGUGGCGUCUGGAGGCAGCCGAGCGCGAAGCGGAAGCUGAGCGGUUGAAGGAGCAGAUGGAGGCCCUGAGGGACGCCGCGCACGCAUAUAGGGACGAGAUCCGAGUCAAAAACCAGACCAUAAGCAGGCAGCGUCGCGAUUUGGAGACCAUGCGUCGAGAAGCGGGCGAGUGCAGCCGGCUGAACGAGGAGCUCGUGCGCUGCCGGGCGCAGACGGAGAAACUCAGCUCGGAGCUGGAAAGAUUUAGGAACGACGCUGGGGAGGAAAUUGCAGAGAUGAUGAGCGACGGCGAAGCCCCGGAGCUCGCCCGGGAGCUCGCCCCGAAGGCCCGAGCGAGCCCGCGGCUGGCCGAGGAGGCCGAAAAUUUCUCUUUGCGGAAGCAGCAAGCGGAACAGCUGCAACGGUCGAACGCCGAAUUGAGCGCAGUCAGGAAAUCAAAUGAUGACUUGCAAAGUCAAGUUCAGUCGGUGACCCGCCAGAGGGACGAGUUGAAAGAGCUUCUAAGCCAACUGGAAGACGCCUACGAGACCCAGUCGGCAAAUCUGCGCAGUCUCCGCAAUUACAUCGGCCGGGUUGCUGCCGACGAAAAGGGAAAUGAAGCAUUCGAGAGGCUCAACAAAGAGAAAGCGGCGUUGCAGAAAAGUGCCCAACUUUUGACUGUCAGACUUCACUCCAUGAGUGAGAUCGUCUCCCUCCAAGAAGAGAAAAUACUGAAGCAGGUCUCGACAGAGCCACUGGUGACGGGGCGAUGUGACGGUCUUCUCGCGCUUCCCGUCUGGAGGGAGAAAGUUUUCAAACUGUGCGUCCAGCUUCGUCUGAAGGACGUUGAGCUGCGGGACGCGAGCGCAAAACAUCUUCAAGAGGUCGGACUCUUGGAGCGAGAGCUGCAGGAGGAGCGCCGUCGCGCGACUGUGCUCCAGCACAGUCUCGACGCCCGAAUAGCUGAGCUGGAUCAGGAGAAAGCGGAAAAGGGGACUUUGGAACAGGACUUGGCCCGGGCUUGCGCGGAGAGCCGACAGCUCGAGGCAAAGAGUCGCGGCCUGGAGGCGGAGCUCAAAAGCACAACGGAGGCCUUGCACGGGUUUAGUGCAGCCUUUGAUCGUAAAAUAGCAGAAGUGGACGCGGCGCGGGCUAGACUCGCUACUUUUGGCCAAAGGUUGAAUUUCGCCAGGGGCCGAGUGGAGACCGUCCGAGCUUUGGUCAUGAGGAGGUUCGCGCUGCAAAAAGUCCGGACGGCCAGCCAGCCAGCAGAGCGGGCAGCGGAGAGUAUCAAAAAUUUGCAGAUGGAACUGACUUUAGUGUGUCAAGAGAGAAGCAAACUGGCACAGGAGCUGAAAAGAAGCCCGGAGCUGAUUGACAAAGCGCUGGCUGCUGUGAAAGAAGAACAUGAAAACGAGCUGGAGCGGUGCCGCGCUGAGGCGCAGAAGGCCGUGUCGGGCGCGGAGGAGGUCCGGCGGAGCCUGCGGGGGGUUCUGGCCCGGUUGGAGGCGAGCGAGGUCACGCAGGAGGAGCUCCGAUCCGAACUGCUCAGCCAGAAGGAGCGCAGCCGGCAAGCCCCGCAGAAGCAGGAGCGCGAAAUGGAAAGCCGCUGCGCCGAAAAGCUUCGGGAGAUGGAAAUACGAGUCGCCACGGCCGAGAGGGAGCACACCAAAGCAGUUCAGACUUUGCGGCAGCUGGAAAGAGCGCUAGCCGGGAAACACCGGAGAGAAACUGAAGCUUUGCAAAGCGAACACACAAAGAAGGAGCUCCAACGUCAACAAACACAAGAGGCUGAGACCAAUCCGGACCGACUGAUGGCCGCCGUUCCUGCCCGAGCGCCGAGGGGCGACUCCCCCCGACAAAAUGAUCCCGUCCCCGGCGAGCGAGGAGAAAAAGCCGCUGACAGAAUCCGCUCGACGGGAGCAAAACCGCCAGCGGAAGAGAGAAUCCUUUCGGUUCUGGAGGAGCUCCACAUCCUCAGCGCCGCGGUGCUCAACGGCUCCGAAGACUCCGCAGAGGACGAGGAGGAGCCCGGCGGCUGGAGCCGGCAUUCUUGAAUUUGUCCGGCCGACGCUCACUUGGCGUUCCGCGAGGUACGCCUCUCCAACUCCGCUCACAGUAAAUGAACAGCCGUCACGUGCACUUGUCGUACGGAAACAUUGUAUGAAUGCGGUAUGACUGUUUGGUGUGCAGCUAAUCAAUCACAUGUAUUGAACCGUUUGAUCUCUUGUCUAUCUGAUGACAACGCCGACGGCUUAAAGCGGACAAGCAAGCGCUCGCUUUACUGCCAUUGGAAGACUUGAGCCAAUAAAGUGAUUUGUAAAUUG